AUGCCGACUUCGUGUCCAGGAAGACCGCCUCAGGGUUUCCUCGAAAUCCCUGGUCUGCGGGAUGUUGCUAUUGCUGAAUAUAGUGACUGGCAGCAGUCCCAGGUAAAUGAUGACAGACUAAAGGAAGAGUUUCGGAAAGCUCGCGAUACUGCCCUCGAAGAUGGACUGGAUCUUGUGCAGAUCCACAAGGAUCAGGACCCGGGAUUUUUCAUUAAGAACGGCAUCAAAAGAGGUAUUGCUCAUUGA